AUGAACAUCAACAUACAAGGCCAAGCGCUCGGCUACGCAAACUUGGGGCCUCGGAAUCUAAAGUCGUAUGUGGUGGAGACGAUGAAGACGGCCAAGAAAGUCGGGCAAGAAGACCCGAGACGGGCCGUGCACGCCGCGAAAGUCGGGCUGGGCCUCACGAUCGUGUCGUUAUUCUACUAUUUCCGGCCGCUUUACGAAGGGUUCGGGCAGGCCGGAAUGUGGGCCAUCCUGACCGUCGUCGUGGUUUUCGAAUACACAGUCGGUGGGACCCUAUCAAAAAGCUUGAACAGAGGUUUUGCAACGCUGGUGGCCGGUGCAUUAGGGCUCGGAGCUGAGUACUUGGCCGGUCUAUGUCGAGGAAAAGGAGAGCCUGUCGUUAUAGGGAUUUUGGUCUUCAUUCUAGCUUCAACAUCGACGUUUACUAGGUUUAUCCCCAACGUGAAGAGGAGGUACGAUUAUGGCGUGCUCAUAUUCAUACUCACCUUCACAAUGGUGGCAGUCUCGGGUUUUCGAGUCAGCGAGAUCCUGCAGUUGGCCCACCAGAGGCUCUCGACCAUCGUCAUAGGUGGCGCGACUUGUAUGGUUAUAUCCAUAUUCGUUUAUCCAGUUUGGGCGGGUCAGGACCUACAUAAUCUGGUAGCCGGGAAUAUCGAAAAACUUGCCACCUUCUUGGAAGGUGCCAAGGCUUUUUCUAAGAGUGAUCAUGACAAGCAAUUUUUGGAGACCUAUAAAAGCGUGCUAAAUUCCAAGGCCAACGAGGAAUCAUUGGCAAAUUUUGCUUGGUGGGAGCCUCCACAUGGUAAAUUCAAAUUUGGUCAUCCAUGGAAAAAAUAUGUGAAGAUUGGGGCUCUUAUUAGGGAGUGUGCUUGCUUGAUUGAGACACUCAAUAGUUACAAUAUUAACUCCAAAUCUCAGGCGAGGACACCCUCAUCGGAACUUCAUAUGCGCAUACAAAAAUCGAUCGCCACCAUCAGCACCGAGUCCGGCAAGGCCCUCCGAUCACUCUCCGCCGCCAUGACGCAAGCCACACGCCCAUCCCCCGCCGUUAGAGCCCACGCGCAAAACUACGGAGCCGCGGCCCGCGACCUCAAGGCGGCCCUCGAUGGGCCUCCCGAUACGAAACUGGGGGGCGACCUUUACCAGCUCAUGCCGCUGCUCGUGGUCGCGUCCGUUCUGAUCGACGUCUCGGAUUUAGCGGACGAGAUCGCGCUCGCCGCCGGCGAGCUCGCCGAAAAGGCGCGUUUUGGUGAGCCACAGGUUCUCCAACGUGGGGUCGUGAGCCCCAUCGACGACGAUUGCGGCGGCGGAGGGGGGUCACCGGAAAAUGGGGGCAGUCGACUGCCGGAGUGA